CGUAGGGACUGUACUUUAAGUGUCAUAUGAGAGAGGACUCUAGUUUGUCGCUAUAUAAUAGACUUUAGUGUUUCUCCACACGAAUUCCAAGCGGAGACCUGCCCGGGCUCAGCUGCGCAUUCCGUGUGAGGCCAUCGCGGAGGCCCACUGCCCUCUGUUGGGUGGGGGGACGCAGUGCCGAGCGCCGCGAAGCAGUGCCGAGCGCCGCGGGCGGACUUUGCGAGAAAUGGCAAAAAAUCUUUUGACGACAUCAUCUUUGUCUGUAAGGACAAAAUUAUUACAUCAAACGGGAGUGUCACUUUAUAAUACAUCUCAUGGCUUCCAUGAGGAAGAAGUAAAAAAAAAACUUCAGCAGUUUCCUGGUGGAUCCAUUGACCUUCAGAAGGAAGACAGUGGCAUUGGCAUUCUUACUCUGAACAAUCCAAGUAAAAUGAAUGCCUUCUCAGGUGUUAUGAUGCUACAACUUCUGGAAAAAGUGAUUGAAUUGGAAAAUUGGACAGAGGGGAAAGGUCUCAUUGUCCGUGGGGCAAAAAAUACUUUCUCCUCAGGAUCCGAUCUGAAUGCUGUGAAAUCACUAGGGACUCCAGAGGAUGGAAUGGCCUUAUGUAUGUUCAUGCAAAACACCUUAACAAGAUUUAUGAGACUCCCUUUAAUAAGUGUUGCGCUGAUUCAAGGUUGGGCAUUGGGUGGAGGAGCAGAAUUUACUACAGCAUGUGAUUUCAGAUUAAUGACUGCAGACAGUGAGAUCAGAUUCGUCCACAAAGAGAUGGGUAUAAUACCAAGCUGGGGUGGUGCUACUCGACUAGUUGAAAUCAUUGGCAGUAGGCAGGCUCUCAAAGUGUUAAGUGGGGCCCUCAGACUGGAUUCAAAAAAAGCUUUAAACAUAGGAAUGGUUGAAGAGGUCUUGCAGUCUUCAGAUGAAACUGAAUGUCUGGGAGAGGCACAAGAGUGGCUAAAGCAGUUUAUCAGAGGGCCACCGGAAGUAAUUAGAGCUUUGAAAAGAUCUGUUUCUUCAGGCAAAGAGCUUUGUUUAGAGGAAGCAUUACAGACUGAAAAAGAUCUUGUAGGAACAGUCUGGGGUGGACCUGCAAAUAAAGAGGCUAUUGCUAGGAAAGGAAAAUUUAAUAAAUAGUUUUAAAAAAAUACAAUGUACUACAAGUAAAACUCCAAUGAUUAACCUUUAUAAAUAAAGUUAAAUGCCAGAAUUAUUUGAAGGCUACACUAGUAUUUGUUUUUAAUCAUUUUUUGAAUAGCUGAACUCAUACUAUCAAGUAAUCGGAAACAUUUAGCUAAAAUACACACUUUUGGCUUAAAAGUUAUCAAUUCCCACAGCAGUUCUUACCCUAUAACCAACCCCAGUUUUUAAAAGGAAAAACCUUUCCACAAAACCUAUUCUUGGGUUGUUGUCUUACCUGGAAAUAAUUUACAAAAAUAAUGAACUUUGCACUAAAGAACAAAAAUGGAGAGGGGUCAGGGACAAGAUAAGAAAAGCUAUGAUCAAUCAUUUUCUUCUGCUGUAAGCAGCUGGGGGGUAAAGAUUUGGGGAGGGGGCGCCUGGCUGGGUCACUUGGUAUGGAGCAUGUGACUCUUGAUCUUGG